ACUUUCUAUUACACCGAUGAUGAGAGUAGGAUCAGUGGGAAAAAAGUCGACAGAUGAGUAUACUUAUUGGGACGGCGGGGAGGCUCCUGGAGAAGAGGUGAUGGGUGACGAUGAUUGGGAUCACAAGGGACGCACCAUGAUCUCUAACAUAUACGUUUCUUUCGAUGAAGUCAUAACGUAUAUUCAGUUUGGUUUUCUGGAGAAUGGAGCUCUUGUCCUGUCUGAACGUUGUGGUGGCUGGGAGGAGGGAUCCAACUUUCGUGUUUUGAAACUGAAACAAGACGAAUUUGUAACUGGAUUGAUUGGAGUAUUAGCAAAGGAUAAUAGAGGAAUCAGGAAUUUGACAUUUCGUACUAACUACGGUGAUUAGUUGAUUGGAAAAUCAAGCGGCAAUUAUCCAACUGAUUCCAAAAUAGUAAUUGAUCCGGCAAUAACUGAUCGACGUGAGUUUGGUGGUUUCUUUGGGUCUUACAAUAGAUACAAUCUGACAUCGAUUGGUAUGUAUUUGAGUCCCAUUACAAGUCCGGACAUGUUUG